AUGAAUUGGUAUUUUAGUGAGCACGAACUUUCAUUUCUUCCAUCCUUACACGCCGAGAAUAAUCCUCUCAACAAAGAACAAGAAGCGGAAUAUCGAAGAUCCACAGCAUCAUUUAUACAACAAGCUGGAAUACAUUUAAAAGUUCCUCAACUGACCAUUGCUACGAGUCUAGUAUUCUUUCAUAGAUUCUAUGCUAAAUAUGAAUUUCAAAAACAUGAUCGAUUUACCGUUGCUGCUGCAUGUCUAUUUUUAGCAGGUAAAGUCGAAGAAACACCUAAAAAAAUCAAAAAUAUUAUUGAAUCUACAGAACAUGUCAGAAAAAUUAAAUAUUCUCCAAAUGAAAUUGAUAAUUUAACCAAAGAUAUUAUUGAAAAAGAGAAAUUACUACUUAAAUUAUUGAAUUUUGAUUUUAAAAUUGAACAUCCAUACAAAUCAGUCAUGCAUUAUAUUUAUAAUUUAAAAAAAGAUGAAAAAUACAAAGAUAAAUCUAAAGAAUUGGCUCAAUACGCUUGGAAUUUUGUAAAUGAUAGUUUUCAAACACAUUUAUGUUUACAAUAUCCUCCUAGAAAGAUUGCAGCAGCAUGUAUUUAUCUCUCAACAAGUCAAUAUAUUAAUAUGCAAUUACCACAUGGAUGGGAACGAGAUGAAGUAUUUAAAACCACUCAUGAAGAGAAUGAAAAGAUUUCUAAAAUGAUUUCCUCUCUCUAUGCACUUCAACAACCAAAAAGUAAAUUACCUUUUGCAAUGAUUGAGGGUGCGAGUGGUGGUUCAAGUAGUGGUGGUAUGGGUGCUGGUACGAGUGGUGGUUCAAGUGGUAGUAGUAGUACUAGUAAUAAUAAUAAUGGUAAUAGUCAUGCUAGUAGUAGUAGUACUAGUAGUCAUUUGAGUGGUAGUACUGAUACUACUAUGGCAAAUUCAGAAUCGAAUCGAAAUGAUAGUGCCAAUGCCACUAGUGGUAAUGCUGCUUCUACCAACACCGAUGAUGCAACAUCAUCUUUGACAAGUCAUGAGCCCAGCACGAGUAGUGAUGGUGCUAGUACCAAUGUGUAG